UGUGGAUGCUGUGGAAAAGAACGGUGAUCGUCAGCUAAUCCAAUUCAAUAAAUUGAAACUAAAAUUGUGGAUUAAAUUUGGAAAAUCAGGUAUUUAUACACAGUCACUGGGAACCGCCAUUUUACAUCAUCAUAUUCGGAGAGCUCAUCUCGUUCUGGCUAUAUUUGCAUGAGACGCUGAAAAUGAAGGCUGGGAGGAUUUUGUUGCUUCUUCUUUGUUUGAAUGUGGUUACAUUUGGAGUGAUUGCUGAUUCGCCAACAUGCCCUGCAUCAGAUCUUGGAAGUGGGUGCAGUGAUUCUGAUGAAUGGGAAGGGGAAUUUUUCCCUGGCAUUCCCAAAAUUAAGUAUGAGGAGUGGAUGAGGUUUAGUGUUGCAUUUUGGCACACAUUCUGUGGAACAGGAGGUGACCCAUUUGGUGCACCUACAAAGAAUUAGCCAUGGGAGGAUGGAACUAAUUCUGUGGCUAUGGCAAAGUGAAGAAUGAGAGCCAACUUUCAGUUCAUAAACAAGCUUGGAGUUGAUAGGUGGUGUUUCCAUGACAGGGAUAUAGCUCUCGAUGGCAAAACCUUGGAGGAAUCUAAUAAAAACUUGGAUGAAGUGGUGGCCCUUGCUAAGGAGCUUCAGGUUACACAUUAUGUAGGGGGUGAAAGUUAUGUUUUCUGGGGUGGCCGUGAGGGUUACCAGAGUCUCUUGAAUACUGACUUGGGAAGAGAGCUUGAUCAUCUGGGACAUUGUUGAUUGAACCCAAGCCUCAAGAACCUACCAAACACCAGUAUGCUACUUGCUUGAUUAUUAGUAAUUUAAUAUGGUUUUCACUCAUCUGUUUUCUCAUGAUUUUGUUAGGUAUGACUGGGAUGCUUCAACAUCAGCAAAUUUCCUGCGAAAGCGAAUUUAAGCUUAACAUUGAGUGCAAUCAUGCCACACUAUCUGGUCACAGCUGCUAUCAUGAGCUUGAAACUGCAAGACUGAAUGGUCUACUAGGAAACGUUGAUGCAAACACUGGAGAUCCUCAGACUGGGUGGGAUACAGAUCAGUUUCUCACAGAUAUUGCAGAUGCAACUCUGGUUAUCCACAGUGUAGUAAAGAAUGGAGGAAUAGCACCAGGAGGAUUCAACUUUGAUGCAAAAUUAUGGAGGGAAAGCACAGAUGUUGAGGAUUUGUUCAUUGCUCAUAUCAGCGGAAUGGAUACCCUGGCCCGUGGCCUCCGUAAUGUUGUGAAGCUGAUUGAGGAUGGUUCUCUGCAUGAGCUUGUUCGCAAAAGAUAUGAGAGUUUCGAUACAUAAAUUGGGGCACUUAUAGAGGAACUUGCGGAGAUGCUUUUCCAGUCGGUAUUGUAAGCACGCAGAAUAGGAUAACGAGUUUUUUGUUUGGUAGAAAUAAUUGAUGUAGUAAUAUUUACCAAUAAAGGACAGUGUUUCCUUUGUUCUUGGAGAGUAUACAAGUAACCAGUUGAUCUAGAUUCUUGUAACCAUGUAGAGUUACAUAUUGCCUAUAUGGGAUGGUCUGGAAUGCUUAUCCUACCUAGUCUACGACAGCGUUUACGCAGCUUUUGAGCCA